AUGUCAGAAUUUGAAAUACGAAGAGAUGUGCCAUAUGACAUCAAACAGUUUUUAAAACUCGAUUCUAACGCGUCUUUAGUAUCAGGAGGUAUAGCAGGAGCAGUUUCACGUACGGUGGUGUCGCCGUUUGAAAGAGCCAAGAUCUUGUUGCAACUCCAGGGCCCUGGGUUCAAAUCGUACAAUGGUAUGUUCCCCACGAUAUUUAAAAUGUACGCCGAAGAAGGCUGGAGAGGGCUUUUCCGGGGAAAUCUCUUGAACUGCGUUCGUAUCGUCCCCUACAGUGCCGUCCAAUAUGCUGUGUUCGAAAAGUGCAAGGCCAUCAUGAUGGCUAAUAAGGACGAAACGUCCGAACUCCAAGUGCAUGAACGCUUAAUCGCCGGUUCACUUGGUGGUAUCGCAUCAGUGGCCGCUACAUAUCCACUAGACCUCGUACGGGCCAGGAUAACCAUCCAGACGGCAUCUUUGGCAAAACUAACCAAGGGUCGAUUGGUAAAACCCCCAUCGGUGGUCGAAACCUUGGUAGAGGUCUACAAAAAUGAGGGUGGCUUCUGUGCCCUCUACAAGGGAAUAGUGCCUACCACCAUGGGUGUGGCCCCCUACGUUGCUAUAAACUUCACUCUUUACGAAAAAAUAAGAGAUUACAUGGAUAACUCUCCCGCAGACUACUCAAAUCCCAUCUGGAAGCUCUCGGCUGGUGCCUUUUCCAGUUUCGUGGGUGGAGUGCUCAUAUACCCCUUGGACUUGCUCCGUAAGCGUUAUCAGGUCGCCAGUAUGGCCGGUGGUGAGUUAGGCUUUCAAUACUCUUCAGUCACUCGUGCAUUGAUCUCCAUUUUCACCACUGAAGGCUUUUUUGGUGCCUACAAAGGUCUCACUGCAAACCUCUACAAAAUCGUGCCUUCCAUGGCUGUGAGCUGGCUCUGCUACGAUACGCUUAAAGAUCUAAUUGCAAAAUGGUAG